GUCUGUAGUAGGUGGGACUGCCGAGCGGUCUGCUGCAGGACGUCGUAGAUCAAUGAACCGGACCGGAGGGUUGGUCCAUCGCUUCUGACUAUAGAUGUGUCACAAUACCUAUGCAGGACCGAGGCUUUAUUACUAUUAAUCUGCCCUUUCAGUAUGCGGAUGUGUUAGAGCGACUGGCUAUUUUAUAGGUUCCUCAUACGGCUUUGGAUUCCGUCUCUAGUGGCUCCUCGUUGCGAUUUUUUUUUUGGGGGGGGAAUAAAAUUUAUCCGUAACCUCCAGGAUGAUCUUUGCAAACACAGGCAACCCGCUGAAGACAGCCAAUCGUAAGCAGUCCUACCCCAUGACUCCGUCCAGUCCCAGCAGCAGCAGCAACAGCAGCAGCACAGGCCUGGAGCAGCUCAGCAAAACUAACCUGUACAUCCGGGGCCUGCCUCCUGCUACUACAGACCUGGACCUGGUCAAACUCUGUCACCAGUAUGGCAAGAUUCAGUCAGCGAAGGCAAUCCUGGACAAAACAACCAACAAAUGUAAAGGUUACGGCUUUGUGGACUUUGACAGCCCGGCGGCUGCUUUAAAGGCUGUACAUGCUCUGAAAACCAGCGGCAUACAGGCCCAGAUGGCCAAGCAACAGGAGCAGGAUCCAACAAAUCUGUAUAUUUCCAACUUGCCUCUCUCUGUGGAUGAGAAAGAGUUGGAGAACAUGCUGCAGCCCUUUGGCCAGGUCGUCUCCACACGGAUCCUCCGAGACUACAGUGGCAACAGCCGAGGCGUGGGCUUCGCCAGGAUGGACACAACAGAGCAGUGUAAUGCAGUCAUCUCCCACUUCAAUGGAAAGUUUAUCAAGAUCGCUUCUGGUGCUCUGGCCCCCCCUCAGCCCUUGCUGUGUAAGUUUGCAGACAGUCAAAGGAAGAAACAUGCUCACAGCGGAUUUGUUCCCAAUGGACAGACAGGAGAUCUCAGACUAGGUGCAAUGACUCUCACCUAUGACCCCUCCUCAGCAGCUAUACAGAAUGGGUACUAUCCUUCUCCGUAUCCGGUGACCAACAGGAUAAUGGCGGUGCAGCCGGCGAUGUCUCCCUACAUGUCUCCAGUCUCUGCUUACCAGGUACAGAGUCAUUCUUGGGUGGCACAUCAACCAUAUAUCAUGCAACACCCGGCUGCUGUGAUGUCUCCCUCUGUGGAUCCCUCCAUGUCACUGCACCCCACGGCCAUGAUUACUCAGCAGAUGGGUCAGCUGUCAUUGGGAAACACUGGAGCGUAUAUCGCUGCCAACCCUGGUGUCCAGGGAGCUUACAUGCCCCAGUAUCCUCCCAUGCAGGCCCCACCUGAAAAUGGCACGCCGCAACAAGUGGAUUCUUCCAACAACUCAUCUCCUUACAGUCAGCUCAGCAAGUAAUCACAGGCUGUUUUACCCGCUCUGUGAGCCAGAGGGCAGGUGGGAAGUUGCUGAUGACAUCACAGUGAAAACACUCACCGCCUUCUCUGAUUGGACCAGACACAUGAACUUUUUUGCACAGCCCCGGCAUUUGUGGUGGAAAAUGAGGACAAGUGUAAAUGGACUCAAGCAGUUGGCUAAUCACAGAAAAAAAACAAGAUUUAUUUUGAUAAGAAACAACAUGCUCUUCUUUUUCUCUUUUUUCAUGGAUUCUCAAACCAAUACCAGAGGACCCCACCACCCCACCCCACCCCACCCUCCGCCCCUCUCUCUCCACCUUAGCUUCCCCCCUCUUCCCAUUACGAUGGGAUAUUAAAAUGCAUGAGAUUGAGAUAUUUCCCCCCUUCAAGGUUUCUAUGAUUUUAUAGUUUCCUUUAUUUGUGAUAUAUGAAAAACCUUGCAAAACGUUGUUUGCACUGAAGUUUAAAGUUUCAGAACAGUUUUCAAAGUGGCCACAGAGAAUCUUACGAAAUCAAUUUUAUGUUCAACUGCACUUGACAGCUGACACAGGUGAACAUUUCAUUAGGAAAUUAAUGAAUUUAUUAUUGGAAAAGGUGCCUUCCUUACGUCACAUCAAACAUUCUCCAACAUUUUUCAUCGAACUUGAUCAGGUGUCAUAUUUCUAUCAAAUGUGUGUAUGUGUGAAAUCAUGGAGAUUUCCAUUGAGUGUUUCGCUAUCUAGUCGUCUGGUAGCAAUAAAGACAAUGAGAGUCCCACGGCAAUACUGAGAAAAAAGAACGGUGGCAAACUCAGAGCAAGGUAAUUCUUAUUUUCCUCUUUCUCUUUUUUUUUUUUUUUUUUUUUAACUUCAAGACAUGACAUGAAACAAGAGCCGUACUUUUAUGAAAUUACAUCUUUUAGGAGUGUUAUUGUUUUGUUUUGUUUUUUCUUUUGUGGUCAGUUUGACCGGUGAUCUACCUCAUGGUUCUGCUGGAGUCUGCUGGUGGUGUGGGGUUUGCAGGUAAAGCCUUUUUUCACCAGAGUGGAUGAAGCAGAACAAAAGCCACGCUCAGGAGCUGGCUGAAUAGGACUUUUCUCUUCCUAGCAUUUCUCUUCCUAAUUUUCAAAGAAACAUUGUGCUUUGCCUCAUCUUUAUUUGUCAUUGCUUCCGUUCUGGUGUUUGGGUUGUUCAGUUGUGAUGCUCCAUUUUAGAGAUUCAAAGUGAGACAACUACUAGCCUCUCCUUAAAGUAGUUGGUUUACAAUGUGUUUGAACCAAAUGAAUGCAGGCUUCAGGCAUUCAUUCGGUUCAAUCUUCUGCCUUUGUAAAGUGAUGACUCACCACUUUCCCUUACCUUUUGUCUUUUUCCUUUAAAAAAAAAAAACACAAAACAACAAAAAAAAAAAAAGCAACUAUCCUGGGUUACACUACUGGUUUGUAACACUAGGAUUUUAUAAUUUGGUUAUACAACAGUUUCAUGGUGUUCAUGCCAAAUAAUUUGGACAAGUGGAAAAAGUAACUCAAAACCUGCCUCCUGCAAAAUAAGUGCAACAAUCAUGUAUGAAAUACUUCAAACGCAGCAGUAUUUCAUUCCAAUUUAAUGGAAGUUGAAAUCACAUGGCUGACAGCAUGUAUUUCAGUGGUCAGCUUGUUAAGAAUAAGAUCUGUAAAUUAUAUUCAGGGCCAAAAGUGAAAAAUAAGUGAGUUUUUAUAGUUUGCCUAGAUUUUCUUUUCUUUAAAUGUAAGAACUCUACACUAAUAAAAACAAGUGAACAAGAAAGAACAAGAAAAAGAAGAAACAAUAUGGUCAAAGCUCUAUGGUCGAUGAUCAGUAGUACUGUAACUGUAAAUGCUCAGAGUAGGAAACUACAAACAGCAACCAGACUUAGACUGAGUGUAUUUUUCCAUUCUGAACAUUUGCUGCUGGAAAAAAUUGAAAAAUGAAAAAAAAAAAAAAAAUUGUACAUGUUAUCCUCAUUGCUUCCCCCGUCACCUUCAGCUGAUUCUCAAACAAUCCUCUCCUUGCUCUCUCCUUUGACAAGAUUGGAAUAAAAUCAGUGCUGAAUAAAAGGCUCUUCUCUUUCUCA